UUUACACUUGUGCCAAUGUAAAUUCGCUUACACGGCGGUCGUGACGCCACUCGAUCGUUAGUAACUUAUAUAUAUAUUACGACACAUACAUUGAAGUGAUUAAUAUACCGGGUAUCGCGAAAAUAAAAUCACAUUCAGACAAUAAACGAUAUUUGUUAGACUGUUAGCGAAUGCACUCAAAUGUUCGAGUGUACCGCUCCGGCUGGAUCUGCCUAGUGCAUGGCGUGGAAUGCGGUAAUGGAUCGGUGUCAGGAAAAUAGUUAGGAAAUCGAUUGCAGUUAAGUAUCAUUUCUUCGCAGUAUUCCUAUAAGUGAAGGCAGCACGGAUUACAGCGGCCAGUCGCAUCUCAGUUGCGCCGCUGAUGCAGUGCAGUAUACGGAGCUCAAUUAUUCAAUUAUCUCCAGCGAAAAUCGUUCGUGGUCAACAAGCAUAAGGCAAUGGGACUCUUCGAAAUACUAUGCGGCAUCGCCGCCGCAAUUCUCGUUCUUUAUUAUUAUUUCACCUCGACUUACAACUUUUGGAAAUCACGGGGCGUUCAAGGUCCACAACCGAAGCCGCCGUUCGGCAAUAUCAAGGACAUUUUACUCGUAAGAAAAAGUACGACUGAAUUCUUGUCGGAGCUUUACCACCAUUACAAGGAUGAGCCUAUGAUUGGCGUAUUUGCGAGAAGAACGCCCGUCCUUAUCUUAAAAGAUCUCGAUUUAAUCAAGGAUAUUCUUAUCAAAGAUUUCACUAGCUUCGCUGAUAGAGGAUUCACUACGCAUAAGAAGACCGAACCGCUGUCGCAACAUCUUUUCUUCCUGGAACCAAAAAGAUGGCGACCUUUAAGAACGAGGCUGUCGCCUGCUUUCACGUCCGGCAAAUUGAAGGAUAUGUUUUCUUUGAUAUUAGAAUGCGCUAAUCAUAUGGAACGAUAUAUAGAUACAUUAGUGAGCAAAAACGAGCCUGUGGAAUUCCGCGAACUGACAGCUAAGUUCACCACCGACGUUAUUGGCAGCUGUGCUUUCGGCAUCGACACGAAUUCCCUGUCGGACAAUGACAGCGAGUUUCGUAAAAUGGGUAGACAAGUAUUCGCUCCGUCCUGGAAUAACAUAGUACGAAUAAGACUCAGACAAUCCGUGCCCUGGUUCUACGAUAUGCUUGGUUAUGUCCUACCGCGAACGCAAAUCACCAAAUUUUUCACGCGCAUCGUCAUGGAAAGUAUCGACUAUAGAGAAAAAAACAAUGUUUCCCGGCCUGAUAUUGUCGAUGUGCUGCUUGAAAUAAAAAAAUAUCCGGAAAAGCUCAAUAUCGAAGUGACCGACAGUUUAUUGACGUCUCAAGCAUUUGUGUUCUUUAUCGCCGGUUUUGAAACUUCAUCGACGACCAUGAGCAACGCGCUUUAUGAGUUAGCGCUGGAUCAGAAAGUACAAGACAAACUACGCGACGAGAUUCGUCAGGAAUAUGCGAAAGUCAAUGACGAAUUAACGUAUGAUAACAUCAAGAAGAUGAGCUACUUAGAUAAAGUUUUCAAAGAAACUUUACGAAAAUAUCCGCCAGUGACAUUUAUCAUGAGAAAAGCAACGUCGGAUUACACUUUCUCCGGUACCAAAGUUACAAUACCGAAAGGUAUUAGGGUGUGGAUUCCGGCUUACGCAAUUCAACGAGAUCCAGAUAUCUACUCAGAGCCGGACGUUUUCGAUCCAGAGAGGUUUAGCGAGGAAGCUAAGCAGAAAAGACACCCAAUGACAUUCUUGUCUUUCGGUGAUGGUCCCAGGAAUUGCAUCGGUUCGCGCUUUGCAGUUUAUCAGACCAAAAUCGGACUUAUCAAGAUGCUGCGAAAUUACAAAGUCGAGACAUGCGAGAAAACGCAACCUUAUGUAAUAGAUCCCAACACGCUUCUAUUAGCGCCAAAGGAUGGGAUAUACUUAAAAUUAACCAAAGUUAAUUGAGCUUAUUUUAAGCUCACCGCAAACUUUUCUCAGAGAGUAAGUGCCAAAAAGGAGCGAGAAAAACGUGUGGAGAAAGCUAUUGAUUUUAAAAACCCGAUUGGACAGAAAAGGAUUUUAUUAUACAACAUUUAAUUUAUUUUUAUACGGGAGAUCGUUUCCUCUUUUGGUUGCACUAUAACUUCCAAUGGACCUUGUGUUCUACGGUUGUAAAAUAUAUUUUGUUAAUUAUUUAAUAUAAUAGAAGAAUUCUCAAUAUUGCAGCGAUAUGUUGCAACAACGAAAAUUAUAUAUAUAUAUAUAUAUAGGAUAUUCGGGUACGUCUUGGGACAGCGCUUUAUGUGUAGGUAGAAAGGAUCAACCUGAAUGGGGAAUAUUAUAUAUAUAUUCAUUUUACAAAUUCAAAAUUGUUGCUACUUAUCGUUAUUUUAACAUAUGUCAAUGUAUGAUCACAAUUGGUCACUGACGUCAUAUGUCCAGUCAGUCACAAAAAGGUUGCAACACUGUUUUUUUUUUAUAAGUUUCGAAACGCAUCCCGUGUCCAAUAAAAGAAUUCGUUUUCUACUAAUUCUCAGGAGAUAUAUUUUCCUAUUGGAUAUGAGAUGCAUUGUGAAACUCAUCGGAAAAAAAGUGUUUCAAUCGUUUUGUACGUAUCGGUCGUUGACCGACCGUCUAUAAGUGACGUGUACUUAAUGAUAUUAAUUUUUAACACGUCAAAAACGCUUUGCAAUAAUAACGUUAUGUAAACAUUUAAUUCGCAGUAAAUUAUUAUAUUAAAUAGAAUAUUUUGAAAAGCACAUUAAACGUAAUUUUACAUUAUAUACAGACAUGUUAUUAGUGCUUUAGUGUUAUAUAUUGUAUAUAAUAUAUUUUUAUCAAUACAUUAACUAAUAC